CUGCAGCCGCCGGGAAUAUGCUGUACGUCAAGGUCAUGACCGACGACCAGCUCCAAACCCUCCGCAAGCAGAUCGCCGUCUACGCCACCAUCUGCGAGCAGCUCGUCGAUAUGCACAAAACCCUCUCCGCCCAUCAAGAUCUCGCCGCAGGAGGGAGGCUGGGGAGCUUGUACUGCGACCCAUUAAUGGGCGGAGUGGGAGGCCACAAGAUGAGCGCCCGCCAGCGCUGG